GGGUUACAGAGGGGGAUGAAGGAAAGGUCUGACACGGAGAUUGAACGCAGGCUUAAAAAAAGAAAGAAAAAGAAGAAACCGAUGGACAGGUGGGGCAACCCAGAGAGUAGAGAUUAGCGUCAGCGCGGGGAUCAAUACUCCGUGUCAGGAGCACAGUGCACUCCAGGUAGCCACAGCACAGCACAACAGCAGUCAGCUCACAUUAGCACACAAGGAAAACCACAGCAUGGACGCGCCCCAGUCUGUCUCUCCCCCUCACGCCCACUUUCUCGCCCCCCCGUCUCUCACAGCCCGUAUUCGCAGGUACUCUGACGUCAUGUCUCUCCCCGACUCCUUCAUCCAGAAGCAGCAGCUGGACGCCUCCAUGGCCGACACCUUCCUGGAGCACCUCUGCCUGCUGGACAUCGACCAGGAGCCAAUCAUAGCCCGCAACACUAGCAUCAUCUGCACCAUCGGCCCAGCAUCUCGGGCGGUGCCUAAGCUGCAGGAGAUGGUGAAGGCCGGCAUGAACAUCGCUCGCCUCAACUUCUCCCACGGCUCACAUGAGUACCAUGGUGAAACGAUACGGAAUGUCCGUGAGGCUGUGGAGUCCUUAACCUCUGACCCCCUCUACUACCGACCUGUGGCCAUCGCCUUGGAUACCAAAGGCCCAGAGAUCCGUACAGGACUCGUGCGAGGGCGAGCAGAGGAGGAGGUAGAGCUGGUGCGGGGAGCAUCAGUUCGUGUGGUAACCACGGAAACGGACCGUGAUAAGACAAAUGGUUCCGUGAUCUGGGUAGACUACCCCAGUCUACCUUUAGUGAUCAAGAAGGGGGGCAGGAUCUAUAUCGACGAUGGGCUCAUCGCCCUCAAAGUACUGGAGAUAGGUGAGGACUGGGUGGAGACUCGUGUGGUGAAUGGCGGCACGCUGGGCAGCAGGAAGGGCGUGAACCUGCCGGGGGCGGAGCUGAUCAAGCUGCCGGCGGUGAGCGAGCGGGACCGGGCGGACCUGCGCUUCGGCGUGGAGCAGGGCGUGGACAUGGUGUACGCCUCCUUCAUCCGCUCCGCCCAAGACGUGCGCGCCGUGCGAGAUGCCCUCGGCCCCGACGGCAAAAAAAUCAAGAUCAUCAGCAAGGUGGAGAAUCGCCAGGGAGUACAGAAUUUUCAGGAGAUUUUGAAGGAGUCUGAUGGGGUGAUGGUUGCCCGUGGCGACCUUGGCAUUGAGAUUCCUGCAGAGAAAGUCUUCAUCGCCCAGAAGAUGAUGAUCGGACGCUGCAACUCGGGAGGGAAACCUGUCAUCUGUGCUACACAGAUGUUGGAGAGUAUGGUGUCCCACGCGAGGCCCACGCGUGCAGAGAGCAGUGACGUGGCCAACGCCGUGCUGGACGGAGCCGACUGUGUCAUGCUGUCCGGGGAGACCGCCAAGGGACACUUCCCAGUCGAAGCUGUGGCCAUGAUGCACUCGAUCUGCCGCGAGGCAGAGGCGGCCAUCUUCCACCAGCAGCUGUUUGAGGAGCUGCGCCGUUUGACCCCUCUGACCUCUGACCCCACUGAGGUGACGGCCAUCGGUGCUGUGGAGUCCUCCUUCAAGUGCUGCGCUGGAGCCAUCGUCGUCCUCACCACCACCGGCAGGUCUGCUCAGUUGCUGUCCCGGUACCGUCCGCGGUGCCCGAUCAUCGCCGUGACGCGUAACUCCCAGGUUGCCCGGCAGUCUCAGCUGCUGAGGGGGGUGUUCCCCGCCCUCUUCCACCCCCCACCCUCCCCCGUGUGGGCCGACGAUGUCGACGUGCGCGUCACAUUCGGCAUGGACAUAGGUAAAGCACGUGGCUUUUUUAAGCCGGGGGACAUGGUGAUUGUGGUGACCGGCUGGAGCGCCGGAUCUGGACACACCAACAUCAUGCGUGCAGUCACCGUGUAGUGACCUGACCGGGACCCUAACUGAGCCCUGACUAACCUGACCAAGACCUCAGUGAGACCUGACCGAGACUUUACUGAGACAUGACUGUAACCUGACUGAGACUUCAGUGGAAGAUGAUGGAGACCUGACUGAGACUUCACUGAGACAUGACUGAGAUCGGGUUCGAGACUUGAAUGAGAUAUGACAGAGACCUGACUGAGACAUCAAUGUGACAUGACGGAGAUUGGGUCGAGACUUGAAUGAGAUAUGACAGAGACCUGACUGAGACAUCACUGAGACAUGACGGAGAUCUGACUGACAACAAUCUAAUCACGAAACCCCCUGACUACACACUCGCAGCCAUGAGGGAAACGACUCACACGUCAGCCAAUAGGAAGAAGCCUGCUGUGUGACUGCGUACACAAAAUGGUUCACUGCUUAACUAUCUGCUCAUUAGCCUAUUGUUUACUGCCAUGCAUAAAUAAACAAACACAUUUCUUAGCA